UCAACUGAGUGAGAGUCUUGACUGCAAUAGCUGGUCUGGAGCUGAAGAGGAUAAUUUAACAAUUGGAUAUAAAACAUUUACUGGAACUGCUUGCCAGAUUUGGAAUUAAAUAUGUUGUCUGAUCCUUACAAAGCUGCUGAAAAUCUGGUGGAGCAGCUGAUCCCAGAACUGAAUCUCUUACUAAAAUUACUGGACCAUGAGUAUCUGAGUGCUACAACCAGAGAGAAGACUAUGACAGUGAGCAGCAUGCUGCAACGGCUUCAGCCAGCCUCCGAGAAAAGCUACAUGUACAUGAAUACCUCAGACUGUCGGAAUGGCACAAGUUUUGUGGAAUCCCUAUUUGAGGAGUUUGAUUGUGAAUUACAUGGCCUUAAGGACAUGCAGGAGGAUUAUAAGGAUGGAGGCUGUAUUGAAUUGCCACUACCUGAAACGCCACAUUCCAAAUCAGGAGUAUCUGAUAUACCACCCCCUCUCCCCACAACUCCUCCACCUGAGGAUUAUUAUGAAGAAGCUGUGCCUUUAAGUCCAGGGAAAGCUCCAGAGUACAUUACUUCUCGCAACAGUUCCAGUCCACCAAAUUCUAUUGAGGAUGGAUAUUAUGAAGAUGCUGACAGUAAUUACCCAAUCACCAGGAUUAUGGGAGAACACAAGCAUUCAUACAAUGACUCAGAUGUAAUGAGCAGCUCGUAUGAAUCUUAUGAUGAUGAAGAGGAAGACGGAAAAGGCCAACAACUAACCCACCAAUGGCCAUCAGAGGAAGCUUCCAUGGACUUGGUGAAAGAUUGCAGCAUCUGUGCCUUCCUGCUGAGAAAGAAACGCUUUGGGCAGUGGGCCAAGCAGCUCUGUGUCAUUAAGGAAAACCGACUACUGUGUUACAAAAGCUCCAAGGACCAUCAGCCUCACAUGGAGCUGCCACUGAACACGUGCCAUGUUAUUUAUGUGCCUAAAGAUGGUCGACGCAAAAAACAUGAACUAAGAUUCUCGCAGCCAGGAACUGAAGCCCUUGUAUUAGCAGUACAAAGCAAGGAACAAGCAGAGGAAUGGUUAAAGAUAAUUAAGGAGGUGUGCAGCCACGUCACUGGAAUAGAAGGAUCAACGUCUCCUCUUCUACCAAAAUUAGAACUGGAAAAGAGAUUAUCAAAUGAAAAACAGGCUUCAGAUGGCGAAAGCAUAGUAACAGGAGACUGCGGAUCUCCAGUUAAUGGCCGAGAGAGUAGAGAACAUGGGAAAGGGAAGAGAAGUGGCUUGGCUGAGCUAAAAGGCACAGUCAGCAAGGCUGCAGGGAGGAAGAUUACCCGCAUCAUGAGUUUGGCGAAGAAGAAACAGGUUUCAGAAGAGCAGACUUCUUCAACUGAGGAGGACAUCCCAUGCUGUGGUUACCUCAAUGUAAUGGUUAAUAACUAUUGGAGAGAGCGUUGGUGUCGGCUGAAAGCUAACGCGCUCUACUUACACAAGGACAGGACAGAUCUACGGACGCAUGUAAAUUCUAUUGUGCUGCAGGAUUGUGAAGUGGUUCCUGGAUUUGGGCCAAAGCAUCCCUUCGCUUUCCGGAUCCUUCGAAGUGGACAGGACAUUUGUGUUCUAGAGACUAGCUCUUCCGAAGAGAUGGGUAGGUGGCUGGGGCUCCUGCUGGCUGAGACAGGCUCCACCACAAAACCAGAGGCUCUGCAUUACGACUAUGUGGACGUGGAAACAAUAGCCAACAUUGUGGAUGCAGUCAGACAUUCCUUCUGGUGGGCUACUUCCUCAAAUAACUCAGCACUUUAUCUGUGUGAUUCCAGAACAUAUGAUGACGUUCCAUAUGAAAAAGUACAGAUUGAAGAACAGAAGCAGCCUUUCACCUCGCAAGUAACUCGCCAAGCUUUCACAUCAAAUGAUGCCUCAAAUAAAACAAAUUCUCAAAACAAAGUUAAACGUCAGGGUUCAAAUGCAAAUCAGUCUAAAUAUGGGAAGACUCGAGCAGAGGAGGAUGCAAAGAGAUGGCUGUCCGAACAGGAAUCACUCGAGAAUCAGAAGGAUUCAAUUCGUAAAGAACUGAUGCAGCUCCGAAAAGAAAAGAAGGAUCUCCGCAGGGCUCUGAAAGAAUGCAUAGCUAAUGAAGAUGCAGCAGUAUCAUCAUGUACGUCACUGGAAAAAACAAAAAAAGGUAAAAAAUCCCAAUCUGUCCUGGAGGAGAAAAUACGAAUACUGGAAGAAAAAUGCAAACUUAAAGAGACUGAGCGAGUGAACUUGGAGCUCCAUUUAACACAAGUAAAGGAGAAUCUGAAGAAAACAAUUGCACGGGGCGCAGAAAUUAGUUUAUCUGUUGACUCCAAAGCUGAGUCAAGUGCUCCACAGACUGAAAACAGUUACACAAAGCAUCAUUUCGUUCCAGUAAACUGUGCAUCAGAAAAGAGAAAAACUCCCACCACUAUACCCUCCAGUAAAGUGUGUGUUUUACAGAAAGCUAAGGAAUGGGAGAAAAAGACAGGAACAUGAAAUAAUCCAUUGAAGACGGAACAUGAAGUUAUUUAUUAAGUUGGAAAAUAUGUAACAGAUUCAGGAUUUUAUCAAAGCAUGUCAGUUUUCAGAAAUGGGAAAUUGGUGUGUCCUCCUGUUCAAACAGAAGUUGCAAAUCAGAUGGACAGAUAAAGAAAGUAAAUGCAAUCAGAUGGGUAAUAAUGGUUUGUCUUAACUUCCUGGUUGUUAUAUUUAAAAAGCAUGAAUUCUUUUAGCUUCUCAUGCCUGUAAAAAGACAAACUGACCUUAUCUUCCAGCAACAACACUGUAAUUCAUCUUUAAACUAGAUUGCAGAAACACUGAUUAUUUAAAUUGUGACUUCAUUUCCUUUUCCAUUCUCCAGAGCAGCAUUUCUCAAUUGAUGGUCAAAAUCAAUUUACUUUAACAAAUCUUGGGCUGAAGUAAAAGCCACUUGCCGUUAUUAAAGCACAACCUUGCACGACUAUCUCUUCAUAAUAUUUCUCCAUGCCAAUUCCCACAGCAAAGCCAAUUCUUUGCAAUCCAUGAUACUCUGGGGGACCAUAAGACAAAGGAGCAGAAUUAGGCCAUUCAGUCCAUCGAGUCUGCUCUGCCACUAACUAAAGGGGUGGGGGGAUACCUUUCUGAUGGUCAGUAUGCAGCUGUAUGGAAAACGAAGGGCCAAUUUCAUUCCAGGCAUCUGAAUAUGCAUCCUAUUCUACACUUACUGACCAAGUUGUACCUGCUUACUUUCACUAUAUUGAUAUCCCAUCACCUCUGCAUUUGCUGUAUUCUGAUGAAAAUAGAGUAAAAUUCACUUAAAAUGGUCUAUAUAAUUAAGUUAUAUCAAUAUAGAACAACAAGAAGCAUAGGUCACUAAAGCAAGUUCAAGCUUAAUUGUCAUUCAAUCAUACGUGAAUACACAUGAAUACAGCCAAAUGAAACAGUGUUACUCUGAGGCCAAGGUGCAAAUCACAAUACCAACAGUCGUUCACGGCACAAGGCACAUAUAGCACAAAUAAAACAGCAGUAAAAUACAGUCACACACAAAAAAAUAUAGUCCAGUUCCCCAAGUCCAUGAAUGUUGCAGCAGUCUGCAGUCGAACACAAUACAUCUUGUCUUCUGCCGAACGAACACUGAGGGGCAGCACCACCUCUAGUGGUGUGUACCAACACCAAUGCCAUUCUCCUGCAAACAGGCGACGUCACAGUCUGAGGCCUACUCACCACUACGACCGAUACCAUGCAGCUCCACCGCUGUCCACCCCAACCGUUCACUAAUAAAACAGCGAAUUGGACUUGCAGCAUUCCACAUUACCAACGUCCAACAGGGUCUUGCAAUCACAAGAUAAGCGACUAAGACAAUCACUCGCUGUGAGACUGCACACCGCCUUCAUAUACUGAUGCCUCUGACACAGCCACAGCAUGAUCCACACCAGGUCCAGCUCCCCUAGUAUCUCCGCCAACGAGCAACUCAGUGAUGGGGUAGAUCUGCAGUGGUUUUAAGUUCUUAAUGUCCAGCAGAGUCUUGCAAUCACAACAAAUACAAUUAAUAAAGACAAUAACACCUUUUAUUUCCAUCACCAUCUUAACAGUAGUCCCAUAAAACAAAGAUCAAAAUUCAAUCAAAAACAUUUUGACAAUACCUUGACAUUGGAAUUCACCACUUAAAUAAUAUUGGUGAUAGGGAAGUCAUGGGAUGGAGAUUGUUAAAGCUAACUAACCAAAGUUAAACGGAGACUAGAUCCUUUUACACUGUGUAAUAGUCAUAGUGCUACAUUGCUUCGAAUGCUUUCCAAAACUGUUCGACUAAAGUUUGCACUUUGGACUAAACUGGAUGAAGAAGAUUUUCUUUAAAUCCACAGUUCAAUAAAUGCCAGGAGUCACUUUGAACUUAGAAUGAUGAUAAUUUACAAAUUAAAAAAUGUCAAACUGAGAAUGAACUUUGAGCAAGAUCUAGCUGUUCAUAUUCACUGCCAAACACUUUAGCUUUAAUCUUAUUGAAUAGAUAGAAGCUGAAUGCUGUUAAGAUGCCACUGUAUUCAAGACUACAUUGCAGCCUUCAUAUGUGUUGGAAUGCAUAAUUCCUGGGAAUUGUAAUUCGUGAAUUAAAUGAAUAAUGACUUCCUCCCCUCUCCACAAGGUAUUUUUAAACAAACUAAACCUUGUUUAUUUCAGUGUUGAUGAGUGAAUUGAGUAUUUAUUUAAAAAAUCCAAAAACAGCUAACAAACAGGUGGAAUCCAUCUGUAUUUUCACUGUGACUGUUUCAAAAACUUACCGUAUUUCUCCUUCUAACUCUCGACUCAGAACUUUCCAAAUGAUACUCUCAAAAAGCCUAGAGCUUUGAGUGUUUGAUCUUUUUUAUUCAGUCCUUGUUCUUAUUAUUGCUUUACUGUGUACAUUUACAGAAUUAGAGGGCAAUGUUGCAGGAUUUUUGUUUUCUGUCCAACCAAGGACAAUGAAAUCAUGUAUAAUUUGAUUGACAGUAAUUUUUAACUUGCAACAAAAUACUGUUUAACUUGUAAGCACUUUAAGGGAUAGAUUCCACAUGUAUUUAAGGAUUAAUGAAUAUUUCUCAUUUCUCAUAACAUGAUCUAUGUCCAACUGUUAAUUAUACACAUUCCCUCUCCAAACCAUAAAAAAUAAAAAAAAAAGUUUUGUAUC